GGAAGUCUCGCUGCGUAUUUUUGUCGGUGUCCGAACCUUGGUCAAGACCAUUCAUUCGGAGUCACUGGCGGAUACGUAAAAAGGAUGAAGGGGUCUCGGGGGCAUCCCGGAGGAGCCGACUCUCCAUCCGAGGGUAAAAAAGACGCGAUACCCCACCAAGAAACAACGCCGCGGAACGAAACAGCCAACGCGAAGCCGCUCGAGCCCCCCGUGGCAGCCGGGCCUUCUGCGCAAGCGCGGCGCGUCCUGGACAGAAGGAGGCCGUCCCGCAGACUGAGCCUCUUCCGGGGCCUGGCCACCACGACCCGCGCAUCGGCCACGUCGGGCAAGACUUCCCAGUCGCGCACGAAUGUGAAGAACAUCCUACUGAGCUCAGACGUGAGAGCCUUCAUGAAACAACUGGCUGAGCAGGAGAAGAAGGACGAGGGCAGCAGAGCGGGCGCGCUGCAUCGCGUGGCAUCGCCGCGGCGUCAGGAUCCUUUCGGAAAGCUCCUCGAGCGACACAACGCCAUGCAAGCGCAGGUCGUCGACGGCGACCCGGCCCUGACCGCGAGCCCGACCGGUGGCCACCGCCGUCUCUUCGUCGUACUCGAACAACUCACGCUUCACAAGCGUCUCCUGGCGGCCGUAUGCGUCGCCUUCGUUUCGCUUGUCCUGGUUACCGCGCUCACUGUCCUGGUUGUAAGCGGCCAACAGGCGCCUCGUACCGCUGCUUCGAUGCCGCUGUUGGCCGCCGUACUGCCGGUCUGCAGCAGCAAGGGCUGCAGAAGCGCCAUGGAAAUGAUCAAUCUGUCUGUGGACACCAGCGCCGACCCCUGCCAGGACGCGUACGCUCUAGCCUGCGGCAGAUGGCGCUUCGAGGACGAACGGGGCCGGCGGCUGACGUACAAGCGCAUGGCUUACGACAACUACGUGUGGCAAGCGCACAUGCUGCUCGUAGCCAACGGCUCUCACCCCCGGCCGGAGCUGUACGUGCCAUCGCGCAUCUACCGUUCCUGCGUCAACUUCCUCGCAGAAGACCGGGCGCGGCUGGUUGAAUUGUGGGAAAGUGCCGGCAUGAAACCGGAUGUGUGGUUGGCCGUGAGGAACUUCUCCGAGCUGUUUUCCUUGAUCCUCAACACCAUGAUAUCGAACAGACUCGAAUCCGUGUUCCAGAUUGAGAGAAACCCGCACCCCGUCGUGACAACUGGACGAUCGAUGAAGACGGACGCCCUCAACCCUGCCUACGCGACCAAACAACUGCUCAAGGAAGUGAACCGUGUGCUGCUGCGGCCUACGGGCUCCGAAGCCUUGCUGCACGAAGUGGCGACGCUGGACGACGCCGUCGACAACGUGACGGAAGCAUUCGCGAAGAAGGAGCCGGUCACUGUCGUGAAUUCUAGCGCGCUGGACGACGCCGCACUGGGUGUACGCUGGGCUCCUUGGCUGACAAGAUUUCCGCUGCGUGGCGCCGUCUCUGAGCCGAACGACGGCGCUGGACUUUGUUUCCCGCAGCCCGCAGCCCCUCAGCAUGCAGUCCCUGAGAAUGCCUCCUCCGAAGGAGACGCCGUCAAAGUCAACGAUGUCCGAGCGUUGAGGCUUCUGCUGUCGCUGAUGGGCGCGGCGCGGCUCAAGGUGGCCGCGGUGCACGCCCUGCUGGUGCCCGUGGCCGAGUUCAUGAGCAUCGAGUACAACGUGUCGUCGCGGCGCGGCGCGAUGCCGUACGGCCACCGGUGGCGCACCUGCCUCGUCAACAUGCACCGGCUGCUGCUAAAGCCGUUCGCCUGGGCGCUCGCCCGCGCCAUGCAGGGCAACGAAACCGCCCAGGCGGCGCUGGAGAUGUGGAAGGACGUGAGGCACGUGGGCGCCACCAUGCGGACAAUCGCCGAAGGACUGCAGCUGAGCGACAUGACUCUGAUGCACGACGACGUCACAGCAGAAGGUGACAACAGCGACCUUCCGACGAAGCCCUUCAGCCGCGAGUACGGCGACGGGUUCGUGUCCAACCUGGUCAUACACGUGAGACUCACGGGUCGCCGGUUGCCCGCCCACGUCGCCAUAACUGGGAAGAGACAGAAGCCGCGCCUGGUACCCGCCGUGUACAUGAUGCCGGACUUUUUCUACCCGUCGGCCCCCGAGACGGGCAUCAACUACGGCACGCUGGGCGCGCACAUGGCCAAGAUGAUGUUCAACUGCAGCGCGCCACACGCUCGCCUGCCGAAAUACAGGGACUGCUUUGUGCGAUUCGGUAGGCAGCUGGGCCUGGACCUGAGUGGAAACGAACUGGGCAGGUCACUGCGCACCAGAUGGGCGGCCGAGGUGGCGCUCCAGGCGUGGAAGAACGACCAGCCGGGGUCGGCGUUGUUCCUGCCACUGACCAAACUGUUCUUCCUGCGCUUCGCGAUGGUCUACUGCGGCAACCGGCCAAGCCGCCGGCAUUCCCUGCUGUUCGCCACCAGGACGUCGGCCACCUAUGCCGAGGCGUUCAACUGCACCAGCCCGCCACCGAUACCCUGCUGAUGCUAUAGACUCCAAAAAGGCGGCAAUAUACGCGACGCGCACCGCACGCGUGCGGACGCGUGAUAUAGUGCAGAUGUCGAACGCUUCUGCAGAAAUUUCAGUUUACAAUGUGUGUACAGUUUGCAGUUAACGUUUACAGUUUACAAAGUGUACGGUUUACACUUUAUACAAAGUGUAAACGGCAAUUUUUGCAGAAGUGUUCGAUAUGUGCAAUUUCUUGCGCGACCACACGUGUGCGGUGCGGCUCUCGGUGAUUGGCGGCUCGAGCGUAAUAAGGCCCUUACUUCAUUGUUCGGCUGCUUUCCGGGCUGUCGACGAACAAUCACGAAACUCUCGUGCCUUCCGAGAACAGCGUCCCCGUACGUCGUGCUGCUUUACAAACUGUUUGCAAUUGAAAUUAUUUUUAACUCUGCCACGUGACAUUGAAGAACAGUGUGCCUGUACGUUACAUGUCGCUUCUUUUGACGAUUACAGUCAUGUCUCGCACUUCAGUCAAAGGAAUGUUGCGUCACUAUGUCGUG